AUGCCGAACAAAGUGAUUUACCAGCUUCUAGGGCAUCAGAACUUGAAAACAUAUGUAAUAACAUGGCCAAGUUACCCGAUGAUGCAAAUUGAUGCUUUAGCGGCUGUACUUAAUGGGUUUUUGUCCAUUGCUGGAAUUCAUCCAUCUGAUAAUGAAAAUGGCAAUGGAGAUUCUUUGCAGCAUGGUCAUGGCUUCACAUGUAGGGCUCCUGAAUUCAUUGAAGUGGAAAAUAGCAAUGAGGAUUGUUUGAAUUAUACCCAGAGCUCUUUGGACAUGGCUUCCAAAUUUAAGAAUGAUGAACACGACCGUGAUGAUUUUGGCGAGUUGGGAAUCUAA